AUGAUGUUCAUGAUAAGAUGGGUAAUGGUAGUCCUGCUUAUUGACCUGGUUUGCUCAGGUCGAGUUCUCUGGAAAAUGAAAGAGCGUGUACGUGAAAUUCAACAGACCAGAGUAAAACAGCAUAUGAUGAUGCACACUUCCACUGUCAUUCCCAAAGAAGGCAGGAUUCACCAACCUCUGAACCAUUUCGACAGGAAAAACACUAAAACCUUCCCUCAGAGAUUCUUUUUAAACGAGGUUUAUUGGAAGCGCUCUGAUGGACCAGUCUUUCUCUACAUAGGAGGAGAGGGACCCCUCUCUAAAUUCAGUGUAUUGUUUGGUCACCAUGUGGACAUGGCAGAGAGACAUGGGGCACUGCUGGUGGCUCUGGAACAUCGCUUCUAUGGGGAGAGCAUCAACCCUGAUGGUCUAGAGACUGAGAAGCUGAGAGAUCUCUCUAGUCAGCAAGCUCUGGCUGACCUGGCUGCAUUCCAUCAUUAUAUCAGCCAGUGUUUCACUCUCUCCCAUAAGAACACUUGGAUCAGCUUUGGGGGUUCCUAUGCUGGAGCCCUUUCAGCUUGGCUGAGAGGAAAGUUUCCUCAUCUCAUCUAUGGAGCGGUGGCGUCCUCCGCCCCUGUUCUUGCCCAACUGGACUUCAGCUCAUAUAACAGAGUGGUUGGUCGUAGUCUUAUGAAUGAGGCGGUGGGUGGCUCUAAAAAGUGUGUAGCAGAAGUGAAGCAAGCGUUUGCAGCAGUGGAGGCCGGUCUGCUCAUGGGGAAUGAGAUGGAGGUGGGGAAAGAUUUCGGGAGCUGUGAAACACCUGUAAAACCAGAUGACAAGACUGAACUGAUGCAGAGCUUGGCUGAUGUUUUCAUGGGAAGCGUCCAAUACAAUGAGCAAGGGGUUGUGUUCAGCAUCGCAGAGCUUUGCGACAUCAUGACCAAUAAGAGUGAGGCUCAUAAACAGGAGGAGCCAUAUGACCGUCUGGUCCAACUAGUGGCGAUGUACCGUGCCAGAGAGGAUGCGCCAUGUCUGGAUGUGUCCCAUGAGCAGCUUGUGUUUGAACUCAGUAACACUACUACAGGUAGAUCCAGCUAUAGACAGUGGCAGUACCAGACCUGCACUGAGUUUGGCUUCUAUGAGACCUGUGAGGAUGAGAGCUGUCUCUUCUCGCAUCUGAUAACCCUUCAGUCUCAGGCUGAGCUCUGCUCUCGGCUCUUUAACAUCUCUCAGUCCAGUCUGCCCUUCAGUGUUGACUUUACCAACCAGUACUAUGGAGGAAACCGUCCUCAAACACAACGUGUGCUCUAUGUCAACGGCAACAUUGACCCGUGGGCAGAGCUAAGUGUAGUCUGGAACGACACUGUGGUGGACAAUGAAAGGGUCAUUCUCAUCGACGGCACCGCCCAUUGUGCAGACAUGAACUCAGAUAAAGCUUGGGACAGACCUGCACUGCGCCAUGCCAGAAAGGAGAUUGAAAGACGUGUGGCCAUGUGGCUCAAAAGUGCAGAAUGGCAUCUUAUGAUUUGAUCAGCUACCCCUUUGAAAACAU